CGCCGCUCGCUGCCCGUCCGCGAUGCUCUGCCGGCCGUGCCGGGGCGGCGGCGCCCCGGGGAAGGGACGGAGGCGGGGGCUCGGGGGGGACCGCUGGUAUUCUCCUCGGAGUUGAGCCCGGAGGGAAGGCAGGAGGAAAACAACAAGUAGUUGGCGCCGCGGGAGGAGGAGGGGAGCCGCUUUCUGUCCCCUGGCUCAGGCGCAGAAGCUCUCCCCCUCCCCGGACCCGCCCGUUCUGCCCCCUCCCCAGUCAUGUCCCACCCGGAGCGAUGGGGAAGCUCGAGGACAACGAGAGGGUGAUCCUCAACGUGGGGGGCACGCGGCACGAGACCUACCGCAGCACCCUGAAGACCCUGCCGGGGACCCGCCUGGCCCUGCUCGCCUGCGAGUCCCGCGGCGAGUCCCCCGGCUCCGAGGAGCCGUCGCCGCCGCCCCCGCCGCCCCCCAACCCGCCGCCCCUGGCCGGGGGCUGCCCGGAGCCCGGCAGCGGCUGCGGCCCCCGGGUCGGGGGCGGCGGCGGGGCCAGCGAGUUCUUCUUCGACCGCCACCCGGGGGUCUUCGCCUAUGUGCUCAACUACUACCGCACCGGCAAGCUGCACUGCCCCGCCGACGUCUGCGGGCCGCUCUUCGAGGAGGAGCUGGCCUUCUGGGGCAUCGACGAGACCGACGUGGAGCCCUGCUGCUGGAUGACCUACCGCCAGCACCGCGACGCCGAGGAGGCGCUCGACAUCUUCGAGGCGCCCGACCUGCUGACGGGCGAGCCGCCCCCCGACGGCGACGACGACGACCUGGCGGCCAAAAGGCUGGGCAUCGAGGACGUGGGGGCUGCCGCCGGGGCCGCCGACGGCAAGGGGGGCCGCUGGAAGCGGCUGCAGCCCCGCGUCUGGGCUCUCUUCGAGGACCCCUACUCCUCGCGGGCCGCCAGGUUCAUUGCCUUUGCCUCUUUGUUCUUCAUCCUAGUUUCAAUCACAACCUUUUGCCUGGAAACACAUGAGGCUUUCAAUACUAUUAUAAAUAAAACUGAGCAGGUUGUCAAUGGAACAGAAACUGUACUACAAUAUGAAAUUGAGACAGAUCCUGCCCUGACAUAUGUGGAAGGAGUCUGCGUGGUAUGGUUUACAUUUGAAUUUUUAGUGCGUGUUGUUUUUUCCCCCAACAAACUUGAAUUCAUCAAAAACCUCUUGAAUAUCAUUGACUUUGUGGCCAUCCUGCCCUUUUACCUAGAAGUGGGCCUGAGUGGGCUCUCCUCCAAAGCUGCUAAGGAUGUACUUGGUUUCCUCAGGGUGGUAAGGUUUGUGAGGAUCCUGCGAAUCUUCAAGCUCACACGGCACUUUGUGGGCCUCAGGGUACUGGGCCACACUCUGCGAGCCAGCACCAAUGAAUUUUUGCUGCUGAUAAUAUUCUUGGCACUUGGUGUUUUGAUAUUUGCCACCAUGAUCUACUACGCAGAGCGGGUGGGAGCUCAGCCCAAUGACCCAUCAGCAAGUGAGCACACACAGUUCAAAAAUAUCCCUAUUGGCUUCUGGUGGGCUGUAGUUACCAUGACCACCCUGGGGUAUGGGGACAUGUAUCCACGGACUUGGUCAGGCAUGCUGGUGGGAGCCCUAUGUGCGUUGGCAGGGGUGCUUACCAUAGCCAUGCCUGUGCCUGUGAUUGUUAACAAUUUUGGGAUGUACUACUCCCUGGCCAUGGCAAAGCAGAAACUGCCGAGGAAGAGGAAGAAGCACAUCCCUCCAGCUCCUCAAGCUAGCUCUCCUACCUUCUGCAAGACGGACUUGAACAUGGCCUGUAAUAGCACACAAGGGGACAUCUGCCUUGGCAAGGACAACCAGUUGAUGGAGCACAACAGAUCAUCAGCCACCGUGUCCCACCCUGUUGGACUCCAUGGUGUUUUGCCUCAGUGUCUGUCUCUUGUGUCAGCUUUGCCUGUGCCACAUCGUGGCCUGUUAAGCAAGAUCCUACAAAGAAGCAGUCAUUUAAAAGGAGCAGUGUUAUCAGGUGAAGACAGUGCAGGAAGUGAGCAGCCACUCUCACCUGGUGAAAGGCUCCCUCCCAUCAGACGCUCUAGUACCAGAGACAAAAACAGAAGAGGGGGAACAUGUUUCCUACUGACAACAGGUGAUUACACGUGUGCUACUGAUGGAGGGAUCAGGAAAGACCAAUGGGCUGAUCCUUUUCUUCAUAAGCAGAAUUAUUCAGGCACUGUUGAAAAUAUUUGAGUAUGAAGAUAGUGAGACAGAGCAAAGCAAUGCUUUUACAGUAUUUUGCAUAGACUCUACAAGGUGAGAACAAUGUAUAUGUAGCAAGAACUAGGUAGCUACAGCUCACAGUGUGUAUUAACAGAAAUGUCUGCAAGUGCAAUGUUCUCUCCAAAUUGUGAAGCAUCAUGUUGUUGCCUUAUUUAAAGAUUAAUUCUUCACUAGUUGCUUAUGUGGAUUAACACCAUUUAUUUUAUAUCAGUUGGCUUGAGAAGGAACACAAAUACGGUAACUUAAAUUUACCAAUCAGAAAGCAUUUGCAAAUACGUCAAACUCUGCUAUCUUAUAGUUUAAUUGUAGACAAAAAGUCUUAGGGUUAACAUUUAUGAAUAUGGAGCUUCUUUCCCAUCAUAUCAUUCAACGCUCUGCAGAAAUGACUUACAAUUAAUUUAUGCCUUUUUUCUUUUUUUUUUUUAAUAUUUUAUUUUUAGAGAAAAAUCUCCCUUUAUUAGGAAUUGGAUUUAACAGAGGUUAUAUCAUUCUAACAGUUUUUAUAGUCUGUCUUAAUGGGUUUUUGAUUAUGCUUAGUCAGAUAGCUCACCCAAAAACUCUGUUGGGAUCUUUUAUCUUACGCUCUGUGCAACCCUGAUGACGCCAAUAGAGUGGCACAAAGUGCACAUGGGGAUGGGAAAGAAAAGGCCAAACCUCUUACAUGGUGUUCUGUUUAAUUUCCUGGGAAAGAAUAACUGCAUUAAUUCAUAAAUUAUUUUAUUUGUUGAUAUCUUUUGGCAGUACUGUUUCUCUGCACUGAGUUCUUUUGCAGGCAGAUUCCUUCUGAGUCCCAGAUAGCUCCUUGGAUUACACUACAUUGUAUUGUUUGUCUUUGUCUACUUUUUUUUUUUUUUGGCUGAAUUCAACUGAUGUCUGUGCAUUUUCUCAUACAAGGCUACGAAAAAUCUCGAAGCUUAAACAACAUAGCUGGCUUGACAGGCAAUGCUCUGCGACUGUCUCCAGUAACAUCACCCUACAGCUCACCUUGUCCUCUAAGGCGCUCUCGGUCUCCCAUCCCUUCUAUCUUGUAAACCAGAUGGCAUCAAUCGGCUAUAUAGUAUUAAUUCAAAUACUGUUUACCACAUAUUGGAAAUAAAUGUAGCAUUAACCAUAGGCUCCACAAAUAUGGUAUAACUCCUGCAUGAUAUAACUGUCAGUAGUAAGAAAUGCCACUUGGGUAGCUGAAGAUUUCUAUCUUGGCUUUUAAAGAUUAUCUAAAGUAGCGCUUCUUCUUUCGUCUACUAUAUUGUCCUACUUUCCUGUGGCAAUAAAAGGACAGUUAGUGGAUGCCAUUGGCCAGUAUAUUCAAUAAAUAAGCAGUUUUUCAGGGAAAUUUACUUAAAAUAAUGUGCUUCCAACUAAUUAUCUGUCACUCCAUUGAACCUCCAUUUCUUGUGACUCUAAUCCAUUCUGAAGAUGUCUGGAAUCGUGUCUUGGUUGCACCCAAUGUGACUUGGGUCUGCUCAUUUGCAUGGACCAUCCUGUCUCCAUUACCUGACAAGCAGUGUUGCCGAUCGCGGAGACCACAGAGGGCUCUGGAUGUGUGUACUCUCCAUGUACCAUCCUGCUGAAAUGAAAGCACUGAUAAACUGGUCUGCAUGUGGGAUUGUUUUUCAUUGUUUAACCUUCUCUUUUAUUUUUUAAUGAUCUACUUGUUUAUAAAUGGUCUUAUUUUGUGAUUAACUUACUUUGGUACUGGAUUACUGUAUCAGAGUUCUGAAUGUCUCCGGUUGUUUGCACACAGAUAACUGCAAAGAGGUUGUCAUUACUGGUUACACGCAAGCAGAAGCCAGAUCUCUUUCUUAAUGGCUUGGGGAAGGCACAAAACAUGCAAGAAAGGUAAACGCCAUCCAGACUUGCAAUUUUAAGCUAGCAAGUGCUGCUUGGUACUAUAGUCAUUUCUCUACUCCAGGGUUCUUCAACAUUUUCAGAGGCUGAGUACCAAGUAAAAUCGAGAAGAUAACUGGGGGCUUUUUUUGUUCCACUGUAAGAGUAGCUCUCAAGUGGGGUUUUUGACCAGACUCAUACCUCUGGCUCAUGAGCAUUUAAAAAUUCUUCAGUCAAUGUUUUUUGAGGUGCUUUGUCCUAUGUGUUGUUUGUCUGUCUGUCUGUUUUGCAACUUGUCUACUGUAUUCUCCAUCCGUCUCCAUAAAGCACAGAUACUGUUAAAAUGCCCCCUCUCUUAAGGCUAAGGACACUUUUCUCCUUUUCUUCAUUUUAUUUUUUAUUUUUUUUCACAUCAACUAUACGUAUGUGUAUAAAGACAUAAAUAUAUUUUUCAAGUGCAAGUUAGUAUUAUAUAGACUAACUAACUCAGAGUGAGCACUCUGAAGAUUUUUUGAGUGGGAUUUAGUAAUGAUUUUACAAUGCUGACCGGUUGCCUAUUGCAUCAAUCCUCCUCCUAGCAACCAGCAUGCGUUACAGUUCUGAAACUGUAUCUUCUCUAGUGGCUUUUUCAUUCAAUAUAAACCUGUAUUUAUGCAACGGAACAAAUGCAAUAGCAGAUUUGAUUUUCUGGGCUGGUGAGGAACAAUUACCCUAAAAUGCAGAAUUUUAGAAUUAUAUAGGGAAGUCUGUAACUACUGAGAUCUUAAGAGAUCCUUGAGAUUGUUGAAUAAUCCCUGAUUGUCAUGUUUUAUUUUUUGUUAGGACAAGAAUUAUAACUUAUUGUUGACCAUGUAACAUGUUCUUCUGUAUAUAGCCUAGCCCAACAGCAUGACUUGCAUGUCAGAAUUCUUGUACAAUAAUGUAUUUAUCAAAGUAUACAUUUCUGAUAUUUAGAGAUGUACAUUGAUUUAGUUUUGGUAAAAUAUUGUCAAUAGAGAGAUAAUUGAAAAAAGCUUUUAGCAAAGGAAUUAAUAUAAUAUUUGGUGCUGCUGUUAUAUUAACUACAGUGUUGUACAGAAUUUAUCAUGGAUUUUUGACUGCUGAAAAAGGGACAAUGGAAUUUAGCCAUACCAAGGACUGUACUGGAAAGAGACUGCUGCUGCUGAAUGGGCCCUGAUAAACAUCUCACACCCUGAGGAGGUCACUGAGACUUUACUUGGGAAGUAGAGUUUGUUAAAGAAGAUUAACGACUGCUCAUAAUUACUGCUGCCAGAGGAAGGGGUGACUAGUCACUGUUGAUGAGUCAGCUGUAAAUAAAACGUGUGUGCAUGGAAUAUCAGUUUUUAUCUAUAUCAAAGAAAGCUGAAUUCAAGUCAUCAUUGCUAAGACUCCAUGCAAAGACCCACACCCUGAUGCAUAUUAUUGCUGGUUCCUGCAGUAAGUUGUGCUGUGGAUCAUACAAAGACACACACUUAAUAAUGAUAGUGGUGUAAACUACAUCUGUCUUGACUUCUGUCAUAACAAUGGUAUAUUUUGCAAAGGUCACAAAAAUGAACAGAGUAGGUUUGCCUAAGUCCUUGCUUUCUCAGUUUGCCAUGAUCUAUAUUUGUAUGAAUUCUAGUGUACAUGCCAAAUCCUAUGUUUACUUUUCACUUUGAUAAGAGAAAUGUGACUGCAGACAAACAUCACUGACUUUGUUCACAGCACACAGUCUUCUUUCAUUGUUACCUCAGACUAUAAGUAUUAUGAGAAAUAAAAUUCUGGCAGCAAGACUAUUUUUUUUCCUUUUUUUUUUUUCUUUUUUAAUUCAAAGUGUUGCAAACCCAACAUCAAUAAAUAUAAAAGAUGUAUUAAAAUUAUAUCUUAAAAAUGUAUAUUUUACAUAAAAGAGAUUCAUUGAUCAGCUACUUUCUGUGAUUUUUGUGGUAAAUGGAUCUAGUCUAUUCUAUGUUUAUGAGGCAUUGUAGUGGUAUGAUGUGGUAAUUAUGUUCUCUCCAUCUUAUUCAGUGAGAAAUUCUCCAAAAUCUGUUUUGUCACCCUGGUGUCCCAAUUGUAGGGACCUGUCCCAGUUGUGAAACUCUGUACUGUGGAACUUCUGUGAACAUGUCAAGGUGCAUGCACAAUCCUGGUGGAAACCAGUGGCAAUGUAAUACCUGAAUUGGAGAAUAAAAGGCAAAAGACCUGGGGAGGAACUUGAAACA